AUGCCUCCUAAGAAGUGGGACGAUGAAGAGAGCGACGACAGCAGCUCCUCCGGCUCUCCUGUUGUCGGUGCCGGUGCUGCUGCCGCUUCUCGACGCAAGUUUGACGACGAAGAGGACGAUGGCGAUGUUCUAGAUUCAUGGGACGCCGAUGACGACUCUGAGGCCGAGCGAGAGAAAGAGCGCAAGGCUGCCGAGGCCAAGCAGAAGGCUGCCGCUGCCGCUGCCGCGGCCAAGAAGCCAAAAGGCCAGCGAAUUGCUGAGCACCAGGCCGAGCGUGCCCAGCAGAAAGCCGGUGCCGCCAAUGUCGAGGAAUAUGAAGAGACCGAGGCCGAGAAGCGUGAGCGACUCCGACGCACUGAGCAGGAAGCCGAUCUCGCCCACGCCGCCGAUAUGUUUGGAGAUAUUGGUAUCAGCGCCGGUCGUGCUAAGUCCCGUCCUGCUGCUGUCGUCGUCGACUCCAACGACCCAACCAAGACUAUCGACAUUUCCAAGCUGCCUCUCUUCCAGCCCAAGACUAAGGCUCAGUUCGAGACUCUACGCACCACUCUUACUCCCAUUAUCUCGGCCAACUCAAAGAACGCCCACUACAGCCUGUUCCUCCAGGAUUUCACAAAGGCUCUUGCUAAGGAUAUGCCCAGCGAACAGAUCAAGAAGCUCGCCAGUACUAUGACUGCUCUGGGUAACGAGAAGAUGCGAGAGGAGAAGGCUGCUGAUAAAGGAGGCAAGAAGACAAAGGCUGCCAAGACGAAAACGUCGCUGGUUACUGGUCGUGCUAACGCCGCCGACACCACCACCUACGACGAUGCUGAUGAUUUCGGAGAUGAUGACUUUAUGUGA